UGAAGCCGCCCUGACCUUUCACCCUGUUCUGUGCUAACGGCCGCCUCCUGAAGCGAACCGUUUACCCGCUGAGGUUCGGACCCGCCGCCAGGUCAACGGCUCGGUUCGGUUCGGUCGCUUCAGCAGAACCGGGGCGGUGUCGUGUGGAAGCUAACGGCUAACUGCUGCAGAUGGAGGAGUUUCUGCGGAGCUGCCGGCGGACCCUGCAGAUAACUGUCCCUUUGAUAAGUCACCAAUAAAUGCAACCAAUCACCUGAUCGGUCCGGUCAGCCACACCUGGAGAACCAAGAAAUCACUUCAACGGAACCUUCAGACAGCAUGAAGUUUCUAAAACCCAGAGAUCACAUCCAGACCAGAACCAGAUUCCGGCCUGGUCCUGGUUCUGACUGCUGCGUCUCGGUUCUGCAGGAGAACCUGGACCGGGCCGGUCCAGAUGUCCACGUGGUUCUGGGGAACGAAGCCUGUGAUGUGGACUCCAUGGUGUCGGCCAUGGCCUUUGCCUACUUCCUGUUCAAGACUGCAGGCGGCGACUCGCUGGUUCUGCCCCUGAUGAACAUCCGGCAGUCGGACCUGGCGCUGCGGUCCGACAUCGUGUUCCUGCUGCGCCGCGCUGCUCUGCCGCAACACCUGCUGCUGUUCCGGGACCAGCUGGAUCUGCGGGCGCUGCGGCGCGCCGGCCGCCUGCGGCUCAGCCUGGUGGACCACAACGUCCUGCCCAGUUCAGAUGCUGACCUGGAGGGGGCAGUAGUGGAGGUGCUUGACCACCAUCAGGCUGAGAGGAAACCCUCCCCUACCUGCCCUGUUACUGUGGAGAUGGUGGGAUCCUGUGCUACCUUGGUAACCGAACGCAUCAUCAAGGAAGCUCCACAGAUCCUGGACCAGCAAAUCGCCCUCCUACUCUACGCCACAGUGGUGCUGGACUGCGUCAAUAUGGCUGCCGCUGCAGGUAAAGUGACUCCUAAAGACAGCUGCUACGUUGCUGAGCUGGAGGCGCGGUUCCCCUCUCUGCCACCAAGGGGCGCUCUGUUCCAGGAGCUGCAGAAGGCCAAGCUGGACGUCUCAGGUCUGAACAUGGAGCAGAUGCUGUUAAAAGACAUGAAAGCCGUUUCAGGAAGUCUCAACAUCGCCAUUCCUGUCAUCUACCUCCCUCUGGAGGAGCUGCUGCAGACGGCCGAGUUGGAGGAGGAGCUUUCAGCUUUCUGUCACAAGUCUGGAUUUGAUUUGCUGCUUAUGAUGACGAUCUCCUUCACUGACAGAGAGGAGCCAAUCAGAGAGCUUGCUGUGUUCAGCCACAGCAGCACCUGCAGGGAGCAGGUGAGCAGCUACCUGCAGCGGGCCCAGAGCCCCGCCCUGGGCCUCAGCCCCGCCCCCUGCCUCCACCCUCUGAUCUCAGCGUUCCACCAAGGUAACGCGGUGGCGUCCAGGAAGAAGCUCCUCCCCCUGGUCCAGGACUUCCUGAGGGAGUGCGAUGGCGCCGGUUGCCUAGGAGACGCGGAGGAGGAGCCGGCGGUGCCGCCCACGCCCACGAACAGCCUGGUGGACGGCUGCCCUCUGGACGGCGGCCUGCCGCGCAUCACCGUCGAGGAGCUGCGGAGCAAGUUCGAUGACCUCUGACCUCAGCUCYGUUACCACGGCAACAUCUCUGGAAAAUGGAGAUGCAGCAUCAGAACACAAGAACCUUUUUAAUCUCUCAUCAAUCUGGCGGGUCCAACAGAACCUACGGKAUCRGCCAAAGAGCAGCGGAGAGACGUUCUAUCCCAAACCUCCAGAAUAAAAGCCAUUAUUUCAGSAAUUAAAGAAACUUCAAAAUAAAA